CUCUUUCAGUUUUUAAAGUAGGAAAAAACAAAAGAAAAGAGAAGUUGACGAAAUGGGUAUCUGCAUAUCCAGUGAAUCUUUUGGGGUUCAUGCUAUUGAUUAUGGCCAUGAAAAUGUGGUUCAGUAUGAAGACAACAACAACAAUGGAUACCAACAAAUUGGUUCAGUUUAUUCACAUCAAGGAAGCAAAGGACUCAAUCAAGAUUCUGCUAUUCUCUAUCAGGGGUUUGGUGUAGAAAAUGGAGCAUUCAGUGGAGUUUUUGAUGGACAUGGAAAGAAUGGACAGAUAGUCAGCAAAUUAGUUAUGAAUAAGUUGCCAUCUUUGCUUCUGAAACAUACACUUUCUCUGCCAAAGAUCACUUCUCCAAUACAAACAGUGAAAGUUGUUAACGCCGAAUCAGUGAAGAACAAGAAUUUUAACAAGUGGAAAAAGGCUUGUCUCAGCUCCUUUAAGGUGGUGGAUAAAGAUAUUAAAAGUCUUGAGAAAUUGGACUUUUCUUGUAGUGGAACAACUGCUGUUGUUGCUAUAAGACAGGAUGAUGACUUGAUUAUAGCUAAUCUUGGCGAUUCUCGAGCUGUAUUAGGAAGAAAGACAGAAGAGGGAACAAUUGAGGCUGUUCAGUUAACUACUGAUUUGAAGCCUAGCCUGCCUUCUGAAGCAGAAAGAAUAAGGAAUUGCGGAGGAAGAGUGCUUGCACUGGAAAAAGAGGCACAUAUACAGAGAGUGUGGUUACCAAAUGAAGACGCUCCUGGACUCGCCAUGUCUAGAGCUUUCGGAGAUUUCAUGCUCAAAAACUAUGGUAUUAUCUCCAGGCCUGAUGUCUCCUAUCACCAUCUUUCUCCCAAUGAUCAGUUUCUUGUUCUAGCAUCCGAUGGGGUAUGGGAUGUGCUUAGUAAUGACCAAGUCGUUUCCAUAGUGUGUUCAACGAAGGAUGGAGCAGCAGCCGCGAAGGCAGUGAUAGAGGCUUCCAUAGAUGCCUGGAAGCAGAAAUUUCCUAAUACCAAGAGAGAUGAUUGCACUGCAAUCUGCCUAUUCUUGCAACAACGUGCAUCACUGCAAAAUAGUACUUGACUAUGGCAGACUGCAAAAGCCACAGCUAUACAGAAGUUCCCUGUACUUGAGCUACUAUAAUUUUGGGUUCUGCUGUUGAAAUUUAGCAAUAUAGUUAAGAACAAUCAACCAGAUUUUCAAAUCUGUGAUCAAUAAUUUGGAGUCCAAUGUAGGAAGACUUAAUCUCUUGCGAGUUGCAAGUUGCGAGUGUGUGCAUAGACAUAUUAGAUAAGACCUGUUUCCAGGUUGAGAAAUAAGGAUAAAGAGGAACCAACAAAAGAAUUGAGCAUUGCUCACCAUAUUA